GUGAUAAAUGGGAAGAUAUGACCCGAGUGGAAGACAAUCGGAGCCGGAGUUGGAGUUGGAGUAGGAGUCGGAGCAUAUGCUCUACUGAUAAAAGCAAACACACUUCAAAUCUCGCCACACCUGAUUCUGCGUUCCAGCCCCAAUCCCGAACAUAUACCACACAUCCAGAGUCCAUCUCUCUCUCUCUCUCUCUCUCUCUCUCUCUUCUGGGGGGGAGUGGUUUGCUUCCGCUGACUGCUUUCCCAUGAAUGAACAUGCUCCGGCUUCUGAUCCAUGAAUCAAUUCAGGCCUACUGAAUGGUUCGUUCUGUUUAGUUGGAAUUGUGUGAGCGGGUGAUAUUUUGUCUAUUUUAUUAAUGAAUUUUGGGUUUCUUGCAAAUAUCCCCUGGGUUGGGGCUCAUUCAGACAAGGGUUUGGGAAGAUCCCUUGAGUCUGCAACUACCCUAAUUGAACCACCCAAACAGAAGGACUUUUUCGGUGUCAAGCUGUGGGGAUGGUCUCCCUCUUCAAUUAUUCCUUGGGCAAUCACUGCUAUAGAGCAAAUUUGGGUGCCACACACUGUCAACAAAGAGUUGAAAAGGCGCUCACGGCCUCAUAGAGUUGUUCAAACUGCUGGUGAGAACUUGCGUAUUCGCUUCAGACCAUAUGUUUCGAAGGUGCCCUGGCAUACAGGUCCAAGGGCUUUCCUUUCUCAGUUUUUUCCACGAUAUGGGCAUUAUUGUGGACCUAACUGGUCAAGUGGGAAAGCUGGCGGAUCGCCUAUUUGGGAUAGACGGCCAAUUGAUUGGUUGGAUUUUUGUUGCUAUUGCCACGACAUUGGUUAUGACACUCAUGAUCAAGCAGAGCUUUUAAAGGCUGACUUAGCAUUUCUUGAUUGCCUGGAGAGGCCACAUAUGAGAUCAAAGGGAGAUGCACACGUUGCUCAUCUUUAUAAGACAAUGUGCAUCACAGGUCUCAGAUGCAUACUAAUACCGUACAGAAAGCACCUUUUGAAGGUGCACUCAGGGCAGUCAUUGCUUGAAUUUGGAUGGCUAAGCAAUGUUAAAUGGGGAGGGGGUAACCUGCAAACAAAUGGGAAGUCAAAGGCAGUGGUGCGUGAUUAAUGUUCAUAAGCGUCUUAGAAUUGAUAAUAAUUGAAAAUAACAUCAGAAGGGUAUUGUUCGCUGCAUGUUUCUAUUGAGUUGAGACUGUAACAGAUGUAUUGGUUUGGAAUCUUGCUCUCUGAUGUGUUGUAUUUGGCUUUCUCCAAGAUGUAUAUAAUGUAAAUGGCUGCCUUCUCAA